ACAUGCUGCUGUUAGAUUCACACAGGUGAAGCACACCUUCAGUUUGUGACGGGCAGCCAAUUAGACAGACGCUGGCUCAAAGGGGGAGGGGCUGCACAAAUUGUUCCAGUCAGAGGGGUGCAGGUCGAGUCAUUCUGCUGCGCGAUGUUAUAAACAUUACGGUAAUGCUCCAGCUGCGGUCUUUACGGUGAAACGGCGGAAACCGGAAGUCAGUUCAAAACAGCCGUGGCGGCCCCGAAGAAGAAGCUGCUGAGAUGAGCGAGAGCGGCGCUCAGCUAUUAGCUCGUCUGGAGGCGCGGCGCUGCCUGAAGGAUAUUGAGCCUCGUCUGUUUCCGGAAGAUGGAGGACCCGACCAAGGUGCGGUGGUGGAGCUGUUCGGGCUGGAGGGCACAGGUAAGACGGAGCUGCUGUAUCACCUGCUGUGCCGGUGCGUUCUGCCGGAGGCAGCCGGGGGUCUGGAGGUGGAUGUGGUGUUUGUGGACACAGACUACAGCCUAGACAUGUUACACCUGGUCAGCAUCCUGGACAGCAAACUGAGCGCAGCGCUGUUGGCCGGAGCAGACGAGGCAGCGCUGCGCUCAUGUCUGUCCCGCCUCCUGGUCGUUCACUGCUACUCCUCCUCACAGCUCCUCCUCACGCUCCACUUCCUGGAGACCACCUUGUCGUCACGGCCCGCCCUGGCGCUGAUCCUCAUAGACAGCAUUUCCGCGUUUUAUUGGGUGGAUCGCUGCGAGGACGGGGUCAGCUACACCAAACAGGAGGAGAAGCUCAGCAGGUGUGCGGAGCUGCUGGGACGCCUGCUCAGGGAUUAUAGAAUCACCGUCUUCGCCACCUGUCACGCCAUCAGGAGGCCCGCCGUCCCCUCCUCCUCCUCAGACUCCGAGCGGUCGUACCUCUGCCGCUCCUGGCAGAGGCUGGUGACCCACCGGCUGCUGUGCUCCAGGCAGAAGCCAGGAAACAACGUGGCUGGUGAAGGAGGAGACGACCAGGAGCAGAGGAGACAUCAAAUCUUCACCGUCCACUGCACCACCACCUCCUCCAUGGUCAAGGCCUCCUGGAGCAGCUCCUUCUGUGUGACGGAGGCAGGAGUGGAGUUCCUGUUGGAGUCGGAGGAGAACAAAUGUGCUGCACGUCAGUAACUCAGACUCUGGUCCAAUCAUGGAUCAGGGAGAUGUCAGUCAUCUGGCUGGGGGACCAAUUACAUUUGAGCCCUUGCCGCGGGCACGCCCCUCACAGCACAGACUCUGUUUACUUCAUCUGCGUGUUUUUCUGUGUGAUUUGAUUCAGUGUUCUGUCUGCUCGACCCACAGUGGAAACAGGAGCAGACUAUAAUGAGCUGCACAGGUGGGACUGUACAGGUACAGGGAGAAGGGAGGGGGUGGGGUCAGGAUGAGGUCAUCGCCAAAGGGUCAGCAUAAAUGUUUGUGUUCAAUAAACUGGACAUGUGUGUUGUGACCUGUGUGUUUGUUUCCACUCAGACCCAUCAGCAGAUUUUAGAUUAAUCUAAUUAAUAAUAACUCUGAGGUGGGUGUGGCCUCAGCUCCAGGUGCUGUCAGGUAUUCUGUUACUGUGGGCGGAGCUUAUCUCUCCUGUGUAACAUACAUAAUCCAUAAAACAACCACCAUAACCAUCGAUGUUAUCCAAGAUAGACACGCCCACCACGUCAGCAUCCCUGUGAUGAAGCCAUAUGAUGAUGAUGAGGGUGAUGACGUCACUGUCACGGACAGUUUGGCUCUUUUAAACUUCAGCGGCUAAUAACCGGAUCCUCUUCCUGCAGGCGUGGCGCCCUCGGGUCGACACUAACCUGACCCUUCACCCCGGCCCUCCGCUCCGUGCUCGGGCACGUGUCUGGCGCGGUCCGGAUCCUCGCGCUCCGCUCCGGGACUUCCAGGUCUGCUGACAGAGCCGCUUCACCAGAGCAGUCCUCCAGCUGAUCCCUCCGCGGGGUCAGACACACUUUUUACACAACACAAACAAAUAAUCCCGGUGCCCGCGUGGAUGCUCGCACACCGGCACUUUUCACAGGCCGACCCUCGGUGCACGCCGCCCAUGUCCGGGUCUGACGGGAGCGUGCGGCCCGGUGAGGCGGGACGUGUUUUGCGGGACCUACUUCCUCUGCUGGCGCUGACAGGCGGUGCUUCGGUCGCUCCCAAACAUGGCCUCCGUGACGGAGCGACCGCUUCAACUUUAAUUUUUCGCCAGUUUUCGGAGUAAAAACCGCGCUUUUCCCUUCGUGCUCCACCGGGAAUGUUCCGCCGGAGACCCGGCCGUGCCAGGCGUGUCAAACGGAGGCUGAGGUUGGCAGAAGUUUGCUGUUGGCUUUGAAGUCGUCGCUCUAAGUUGGCUGAAAGCUGGAGAGGAAAAA